GGGCGUGGCCGCGGGCUUUGCCCGGAUCCCCUGCACUGCAUUUCCAAGGGUUUCCGAGCGCGGACUAGAGGGCAUCUGGAGCCUGGUGUGGGGUCUCGUGCACCUUCAAGGCCAUCCCUCCCGUGGGAAUGGAUGCAACUUCGGGCGCAGGCGACUGGUGGGAAGUUGGAAUCGUGGAUUCGCUAGCACGCACUACAGGCUAGGCCAGGAGAGCAAGCUCUGGUGUCAACUACUACAAGAACUCGUAUGUUGAAGCAUAAUGCUACUACAUAAGGCAGAGAGAGGAAGAACGCUGCCCAGUAAGGCCUGAUUGUCGGUAGUGACAUGGAGGACGGGGCUGGCAUCUCAGGCUGCCAGCUGUUUUCACCAGCCACUGUUUAACUUGAAUAGAAGCGAUGCAUACGGGCUGGUCAACAAGGCCAAGGAACAAAAGCUAUGGCAGUUAAAACGGUCCCUCCGAGCCCAGGGCCUUUUCCCUGGAUUUUAACACCAUGGAUUUCUUCCUUUUCAUCCCAUCAGCAAUGUGGUACCCUCUUCUAUUUGAGGACAACAGCCAAUACUUAGGAUCUGCCUGACUAGGGUUAGAGACCUUCCAAGUCACGGCUGAGGAAAAUGAAAUUUCCAUUUUAUUUGGUGCCUUGCGCGGGGCUCACACGGACUCUUCCAGAAACUUGUGUGUGAAGAAGAGGUUGAGUUUUGUCAAACACACUUAUGGUUAUGGCGAGUGAUCCGACGUGAUCAGAGUGGGCAAGAGCCACAGAGAACUCAUGACAGGCUAUACCAUGUUGCGGAAUGGGGGAGUGGGGAACGGUGGUCAGACCUGUAUGCUGCGCUGGUCCAACCGCAUCCGGCUGACGUGGCUGAGUUUCACACUCUUCAUCAUCCUGGUCUUCUUCCCCCUCAUCGCUCACUAUUACCUCACCACUCUGGAUGAGGCAGAUGAAGCCGGCAAACGCAUCUUCGGCCCUCGGGCCGGCAACGAGCUCUGUGAGGUAAAGCAUGUUCUCGAUCUCUGUCGGAUUCGCGAGUCUGUGAGUGAAGAGCUUCUGCAGCUCGAAGCCAAGCGGCAGGAGCUCAACAGUGAAAUCGCCAAGCUCAACCUCAAGAUUGAAGCCUGUAAGAAGAGCAUAGAGAACGCCAAGCAGGACCUGCUGCAGCUCAAGAACGUCAUUAGCCAGACAGAACACUCCUACAAGGAGCUGAUGGCCCAGAACCAGCCCAAACUGUCUCUGCCCAUCCGACUGCUCCCCGAGAAGGAUGAUGCUGGCCUGCCGCCCCCCAGGGUCACGCGGGGUUGCCGGCUGCACAACUGCUUUGAUUACUCUCGCUGUCCUCUGACCUCUGGCUUUCCCGUCUAUGUCUACGACAGUGACCAGUUUGCCUUUGGGAGCUACCUGGACCCUUUGGUCAAGCAGGCUUUUCAGGCUACAGCAAGAGCUAAUGUUUAUGUUACAGAAAACGCAGCCAUUGCUUGCCUGUAUGUGGUGUUAGUGGGAGAAAUGCAGGAGCCGGCUGUGCUGCGGCCCGCCGACCUUGAGAAGCAGUUGUAUUCUCUGCCACACUGGAGGACAGAUGGGCACAACCAUGUCAUCAUCAACCUGUCCCGGAAGUCGGACACACAGAAUCUACUGUACAAUGUCAGUACAGGCCGGGCCAUGGUGGCCCAGUCCACAUUCUAUGCCGCCCAGUACAGGCCUGGCUUCGAUUUGGUAGUGUCACCACUUGUCCAUGCCAUGUCUGAACCCAACUUCAUGGAGAUCCCACCGCAGGUGCCAGUUAAGCGGAAAUAUCUCUUUACUUUCCAGGGUGAGAAGAUUGAGUCCCUGAGAUCUAGCCUUCAGGAGGCCCGUUCCUUUGAGGAAGAAAUGGAGGGUGACCCUCCAGCUGACUAUGAUGACCGGAUCAUUGCCACCCUGAAGGCCGUACAGGACAGCAAGUUAGAUCAGGUGCUGGUAGAGUUUACCUGCAAAAACCAGCCGAGGCCCAGUCUGCCUACCGAGUGGGCGCUCUGUGGGGAGCGAGAAGACCGUCUAGAGUUACUGAAGCUCUCCACCUUUGCCCUCAUCAUCACCCCCGGGGACCCGCACUUGGUUAUUUCAUCUGGGUGUGCCACACGUCUCUUUGAAGCCCUGGAAGCGGGGGCCGUGCCUGUUGUACUAGGGGAGCAGGUACAGCUCCCAUACCAUGACAUGCUGGAGUGGAACGAGGCCGCCCUGGUGGUGCCCAAGCCGCGUGUUACGGAGGUUCACUUCCUAUUACGGAGUCUUUCAGACAGUGAUCUGUUGGCUAUGAGGCGGCAAGGCCGCUUUCUCUGGGAGACCUACUUCUCCACGGCUGACAGUAUUUUUAACACCGUGCUGGCCAUGAUUAGGACUCGCAUCCAGAUCCCAGCUGCUCCCAUCCGGGAAGAGGUAGCAGCUGAGAUCCCCCAUCGUUCAGGAAAAGCAGCAGGAACUGACCCCAACAUGGCUGACAAUGGGGACCUGGACCUGGGGCCGGUAGAGACAGAACCGCCCUAUGCCUCACCUAAAUACCUCCGCAACUUUACUCUGACCGUCACAGACUGUUACCGUAGCUGGAACUCUGCUCCUGGGCCUUUCCACCUUUUCCCACACACACCCUUUGACCCUGUGCUGCCCUCUGAGGCCAAAUUCCUGGGCUCAGGGACUGGAUUUCGGCCCAUUGGUGGUGGGGCUGGUGGCUCUGGCAAGGAGUUCCAGGCAGCACUUGGGGGCAAUGUCCAGCGGGAGCAGUUCACAGUCGUGAUGCUGACCUACGAGCGGGAGGAAGUGCUCAUGAACUCGCUGGAGAGACUCAACGGCCUCCCCUACCUGAACAAGGUAGUGGUGGUGUGGAACUCUCCCAAGCUGCCCUCGGAGGACCUUUUGUGGCCAGACAUUGGUGUCCCCAUCAUGGUUGUCCGUACUGAGAAGAACAGUUUGAACAAUCGAUUCUUGCCCUGGAAUGAGAUUGAAACAGAGGCCAUACUGUCUAUCGACGAUGAUGCUCACCUCCGCCACGAUGAAAUCAUGUUUGGGUUUCGGGUGUGGAGAGAGGCACGUGAUCGUAUUGUGGGUUUCCCUGGCCGGUACCAUGCAUGGGACAUCCCUCACCAGUCCUGGCUCUACAACUCCAACUACUCCUGUGAGCUGUCCAUGGUGCUGACAGGUGCUGCCUUCUUUCACAAGUAUUAUGCCUACCUGUAUUCUUACGUGAUGCCCCAGGCCAUCCGAGACAUGGUGGACGAGUACAUCAACUGUGAAGAUAUUGCUAUGAACUUCCUUGUCUCCCACAUCACACGGAAGCCCCCCAUCAAGGUGACAUCGAGGUGGACUUUCCGAUGCCCGGGGUGCCCUCAGGCCCUGUCCCAUGAUGACUCUCACUUUCACGAGCGGCACAAGUGUAUCAACUUCUUUGUCAAGGUGUACGGCUAUAUGCCCCUCUUGUACACACAGUUCAGGGUAGACUCUGUGCUCUUCAAGACCCGCCUGCCCCACGACAAGACCAAGUGCUUCAAGUUCAUUUAGGGCCUUGCCAGUUCUGAAGAGACGAUGAGUGAGUGGAGUGAGGAGAGUCGCUCCACGGUUCCCAGGCAUUGAAGGACCUUGGGGACAUCUGUGGGCGGGGCUCAGGCCCUUUGCUGGGGAAGGCAGCAGGAAGAGUGGAAGGGAGUAGCUGUCUUUAUCUUGAAGUCAGUCACACUGGGCCCAGCAUCCUGGUCAGCCGACUCAGGGCUUCUGCACGGGGCACUGACUGAUGUGAACACUGAGGACUGUGGGACUCUGGGGAGUCACUAGUUCAUAAGCCCAGGACGGCUGGUUCGUGGUUUUUAAAUUCAGUAACAACUGUUAUUAUUUAAAGAGAGUUUUCACAUUUGCCAUUCAAGACUUAUUUAUAUGUGUGCAUAUAUGUACACACAUACGUGUAUAUACAUAUAUAUGCACACACACAUAUACAUAUAUAUAUAUAUAUAUAUAUUUGGUGGGGUGGGGUGCACCUGAAAUUUCUGCCAAUCUCUCCAAGGGAGGGACCUGCCUGGCUGUGUAUUAGGUGGAGAGGGUCCUGACCCUGUGUUACUUGGACUGUCCCAAUGGCACUGGCUGCAGAAACAAGCAGGAUGGACUUGGCCUAGGCAAGAUCUGAUCUACUCCGACCCCUCCCUGUAGCCUCAGUGAUGCUCACACAGCUUCCCCUCCUGCUGGAGGCUGCACAGCGGGGCCGGCAUGCUCCCUGGGCUUUGAGGGCUGGUGCCAGGCAACACUUGUCUUGGGGGUUAUUGCCACUCUCCCGUUCUUUCUUGUGUUUGAGAGAGAAUAAAGAAGCAGGUGGUGAGGCAGGGAUGAGGCCUCUGCUGCCCAACGGCCUUUAGCUCACCCUCCUGGUGAUGCCGGUGCAGGGCGCUGGUGCAGGUCACUAUACUAUUGGCCGGCAGGCCUUGACUGGGAGCUUGUAUGGUGCAGAACUGGCCUGUGUCCUUUUAAGGAUCCCAGAGUCUCACGGCAAGGCAUGCGCCUUGGGAUGGACACCUAAGUGAGUUCACCUUUCCCCUCACGUCUGGACUCCGUCGUGUACCUGUGGGGUUUAGACCCCGGAUGUCGAGUUGGCUGUUGGAAGCCCCCUCUUUCAAGGUCUGCGACAUGCUAGAAGCUGGAGGCUGGGGUCUGCUAGGAGAGUUCUAGUCCGGCCUUAGAAGCUAACAGGCACUCACCCCCACCUUACCGCUCUCCACUCCCUGUUGUGGUUCUGUUCCCAGGGCUGCCAGUGAAAUAGGCUGAUUUUUGGGGGUGGUGGCAGCAGGAAACUGAAAGUGUAGCAUUGUGUCACUCAGGGCUGUCCUAAGCCAGUCCCGUCUUCCUAAGCCCUGACUUCCACUCCUGCCGCUGUCCUGACUUCUCUGUAGAUCCCUACUGCAAGCUGGAGACUGCCGUGGCCUCCACCUCCAGGAGUCCUUGCGGCCAGAGGACCAGGAUGCUGCAGAGCCUCUACUGGUGUCUUCUCCAACCUGACACCAAGGGCUGCCUGGGACAUUUAGUUUUUAGCACCUCAGCAAAGGUGUCCAUUCUCCUUCCCCCGACUCUCUGUCCCCUUACUGUUCCUUGUGGCAGUAGCCCUCUUCCCUCAGGGGAGCCAAAGAGUGUGGUGUUUUUUUGCUAAAUGUGUGGCUGCUAUAAUUUUUUUUUUUUUUUUUUUUUUACUUCCCAGUAUUGGGUAUGGAAGCCAGAGCUGUGAUGGGCAUCCCGACAAUCGCUCUGCGGUGAGCCCCGUCCCCAUCCACCUUGUUUCUUUCAAUGUGAGAACUUGUAGAUUGCUGUGGUAUCCGAUGAGGAAGUCCUGUACGGUAGAACCCCUCUGGAGGGCACCGAAAGCUGUUGGUCACUCAUGGAUAGCAUCGAAAUGUGUUUCAGGGAUAGUGAUCAGAGCAUCCUAUGGGAUAGCAUCUCUGGGCCCACUGGGAACACUAACUGAAGGUCCCCAGCAGCAAGUAUGGACAGUGGCUGUGUCUGAGGGACCCUCUCAGAGGCAAGAGGCAGAGACAAAGCAGUUGGACACUGCUUGUCAUUUGGGUUGGGGAGCCAAGGGACAUGCUUGGAAAUGAUUCUUCCCGCCACAAGCUGCUUUGCCGCAGCUCACCAUGGUCACCUACUCCAGAUUCCUAACACGGGUCACACCUGGCUACCCAGUCUCAGCUUCCAGGGCCAGGACAGCCUUGUUUUUCAGUUGCUCUUUAUCUUGAGGGCAAGGGCCACCCACAGAGUGACAGUCCCCCCAGGGUGCCUCAGGCCAGUGGACCACCAACAAUGCUCCUGUCUGGGGUGGCCUUGUUAGCAAAGGUGAAGCUGGAGGGUGGGGCUGCCUGGGGCAGCUCUGAUAACAUAAUUUGUCCAUCUGUCUGCCCCUUUCAAAUCAUGAGCACAAAGGUCUUACGUUGGAUUUUUGUAAAAAAAAACAAAACAAACAAACAAACAAAAAAACAAAAAAACCAAAAUAAAUGGAGACUUUAACUCAA